AUGGCGCGAAACCAGUUAGUGAAAUUCAACUUGCAGCCAAAUCGUAAAAUACUGGCAUCUGCCUCAAGCGACAGAACUGUAAGGCUCUGGGAUGAUGUUACAGGGGCUCACAAACGCACGCUCCAGGGCCACCGCGGUUAUGUGUUGGAUAUAGCCUUCUCUCCGGACGGUAAUACACUCGCAUCCGCUUCGAGCGAUUGUCAAGUAUGGGUCUGGGGUGUUAAUAAAGGCAAUCACAUAAGGACGCUCGAGCGUCACAGAGACUGGGUCAACUCUGUGGUCUUCUUAAGUAACAGUACACUCGCGUCAGCUUCAAGUGAUUGGACCAUAAAUCUCUGGGACAUUAACCACGGCAUUUGCAAGACGGUUUUAAAGUUUCACAGUGGUUCAGUGAAUGCGUUGGCCUCCUCGCGCAACGGCAAAGUGCUCGCAUCAGGCUCAUCUGAUCGCACAGUCCGCAUCUGGAACACCGCAGAGGGGACCCCCAUAAAGACAUCACUGGACCACGAUGGUUCUGUUACUGCCGUUUCCUUCGCGCCAGACGGUCAUUUCCUUGCAUCGGCCUCGAGUGAUAAGGCCGUGAGACUCUGGGACGCAGAUACAGGCUCUCAAAUAAGGAUGCUAGAGUUCCAUGGCGGCUGGGUCAACUCUGUGGCUUUCAUAAACAAUAUUACACUGGCAACAGCUUCAAGCGAUCGGACACUACGGUUGUGGAACAUCACCACUGAUAAUAUGCAGAAGUUCGAGGGCCUCGGUGGCUGGUUCAAUUCUACUGCCUUCUUAGCUGAUCGUAAUGUACUCGUAGCAGCUUCGAGCGAUCGGACACUACGAAUGUGGGACGGCAUCAUGGGGGGUUCUGAACAGAUGCGCGAAGGUCAUGAUGGCUCUGUUAACGCUGUCGCCUUUUCUACUGACGGAACGUGGCUUGCGUCAGCUUCUAGCGAUUGGACCGUACGGAUCUGGAAUGUCGAUGAAGGCACUUGUGUAAAGACACUUGAACACCAGAACCACACCACAGAAGACCAACAGACAAUUGACGACCAUAGCCGCUAUAUCCUGUCUAUCGCAUUCUCGCCUGAUGGCAAGAUACUUGCGUCAGGUUCAAGCGAUUGGAGGGUGCGGCUUUGGGAUGUUAAUGAAGGCACUCUCAUAAAAACACUUGCAUACCGGAACCACAUUAUAAGAGACGAACGAACAACUGAGGACCAUAGCCGUUACGUCUUGUCCAUCGCCUUCUCGCCUAAUGGCAAGAUGAUUGCUUCAGGUUCAAGUGAUUGGAGGGUACGGCGUUGGAGCAUUGAUAGAAGUGUUCUCUUGACGACGCUUGAAGGCCACCGUAAUUGGGUAAGAGCUGUUGCCUUUUCAACAGACGGGAAGUUGCUCGCGUCGGCUUCGACCGACGGGACGCUGUAUCUCUGGGAUGUCGAGAAAAGGAAUAACAAAACAUCGAUCUACGAGGAUUCCGCUUCGAGCAUUUUAAGGGAACGAUGUUGUGACGCCGAUAAAAGGACCCAUAACCAGGAUUGGGUCAGAGCCAUCGCCUUCUCGCCGGACGGCAAGGUACUCGCGUCGACUUUGACCGACGGCACGGUAUCGCUUUUAGACCUGAACAAAGUGAAUAGCAUAAGGACACAUGACUUCUUUGCCGUUGUUUUCUCACUGGACGGUACGGUUUUGGAGACGAUGCAUCGCUUGAAGCCUAUAUCUAGAAAUUCAAGCGAGCCUAGGAGAAACCCAUCGAGAACGCCUCCCCAAUAUAUUCAAGGCGACGAAGAUUCGAUUGCUGUCCACAACCUCUGCGCAAUUCAAUAUGUGUCCGCUGGGGACAAACCACUCUCCAUACGCAUAAUAUUUAAUGGCGCUGACUAUGUCUACGCAAAGUUGGCAAACUACUUGAAGAACUAUCUCGAACAAGUUAUUGACGAAACCAAGGCUCAUACUGGUGAAGGGCUGCUCACCUUCUACAAUCGAGAAUGGCCCCGCUAUACCGAAGCCGCCAAGUAUAUCAAUCAUAUGUUCCAGUCUCUCGAGCGUUUCGUGGGAACGGCGAUUGAGGAAGGCACCACCGGAAUCUACGAUGUCUACACCCUCCACCUUGUCCAAUGGAGGAGCGUGGUAAUCGGCAGUAUUUCUGAGAAGAUCAUGGAGGUUGUCUUGGGGUUGGUUGAAAGGAAGCGAAACGGCGAGAUCAUCGAGAAUGGCAUAAUCAAGCGGGUUGUUGAAUCCUUUGUUUCGCUGCAUAUUGACCACGAUGACCCGUUGACGACAUAUCGAUACUAUUUCGAGACAUCGUUCUUGGAAGCAACGGAGCUGUAUUACCGCGGGGAGAGCAAGCACUAUCUCGCGGAGAAUGGCGUUGUCGAGUAUAUGAGGAGGGCCGAGCUACGCCUGGAUGAAGAGGACGAAUUAGUGCGGACUUGUCUCCAUCAUGACACUGCAGAUCCGUUGAGGCAGACUUGUAUCCAAGUUCUCAUUGCCGAGCACGCUGAAGUUCUUCGAGACAACUUUCGGUCCUUACUCGACGCCGGACGAGAAGAGGAUAUGGCUCGUACGGUCAAUUUGCUCUCCCGCAUGCCAGAUGGUCUGGCUCCUUUACUUUCAAAGUUCGAGACUCAUCUACGAAAAGCAGGUUUGUCCGCCGUUAUCAAUGCCGCAUCAGCUGCCGGGAAGCUGGAAUCUAAAAUCUACGUCGGCCCUGUUUCCGCCCAAUAUCAUGAUCUUGUCAGGUGGGCUUUGGGUGGAGAUGACCAUCGGACGAGGUCAUCGGAUAAUACUUGCAGAGAACUGAUCAGCCAGCUCGACGUCUGCAAAUUGGGAUGGGACAAGUUUCCCGAGCCAAUUUCCAAAUGUAAUGCCAAAACUACCGCGGCCGAAGGCUCAGCGGAUGUUAUAUCCAUUACUGAAGAUUGGAUAGCUCGAGAUGGACGUAAUCUUUUGUGUCUUCCACCAGAUUACAGGGCCACAUGUGCGGCGCGAUGGAAUAACAUUCUUGUCCUUGGACAUAGGUCUGGUCUAGUGUCAUUCUUUCAACUGCCAUGA